CUACAUUUAAGAGGCUAGGGGUGGCGCCAAACGUACCCGGUCUAGGGGUGGCGCCGAACGGUUACAGCCUCCUCGUGAUGACGCCCGACCCGAUUCGUUCAGGAGAAACCAAACUACCACAUCGCAAGCUCCUUCCUUGGUUGAUUGCUCAUUCUCGUGCUCAACUCGAACCUCUCUCAUGGCCUUCAAUCCCCAUUCUCUCUCUCUACUAAGAUUCCGGGCCUCAUUCCUCUCUCUCAACAACUCCCCAAUCUCUCAUCCUCUCCUUCUUCCAAAGAGACCGCUCGAAUUUUCUCCACGCCCUCCAUCUCACCAUUCCAUCACCAUCGGAGCUACUUCUAGCCGCAGGAGGACUGUAUCGGCGAGCGGUUUCACUUGGGACGACGUUUUCAAAAUCGCAAACUCGCCACAUGACUCGCCUGAUCUCCGUGGCUUCUUCGACCGAGUCACAUUCUGCAAUCGCGGCUCCGGUUUAUUGCAGGAUAAGCAGCACGAGUUCAUGCCGUUUUUUGUCAACGACCAAAUCGUCGGCUAUGUACACGAGGAUUUUGCUGGCCAUUUGCAGAAGUUCUGUGAUGUAUUUGUUUUCCACCAAAACAAUUCUCACAGCCACCAUGCUGGCAACCACGUCAUGCUUCAUCCAAUGUUGAUGACACCCGAUCAGAGGACGACAGCUCUUGCAGACGUAGUUAGAUGCCUAGGGGAAGAACUUAUUCCAGGUAUACGGAAUGAGCUUUACCCCGUCACCUCCUCCUUCGGGACACCAGUAUUUUUCUCGCUAGAACGUGCAGCAGCUCCUUACUUUGGGAUAAAGGCGUAUGGAGUUCACAUGAAUGGCUAUGUUGAAAGAGCUGGACAGAAAUAUCUGUGGAUCGGAAAGAGAAGUGAAGGGAAACAAACCUACCCUGGGAUGCUUGAUCAUCUAGUUGCUGGAGGACUGCCUCAUGGAAUUGCAUGUGGGGACAAUAUUGUAAAGGAAUGUGAAGAGGAAGCAGGGAUACCCAGUUCCAUUUCUAAUGAGGCUAUACCUGUUGGUGCUGUCUCCUACAUGGACAUUGAUGGGUACAGAUACAAGAGAGAUGUUCUAUUCUGUUACGAUUUGAAACUUCCUGAAGGUUUUAUUCCCGAGAAUCAAGAUGGAGAGGUUGAGAGCUUCAAAUUGAUACCUGUAGCAGACGUUGCUAAUGUCAUACGGAAAACGGGGUAUUUCAAACCAAAUUGCAAUCUUGUCAUCAUUGAUUUCCUGUUUCGACAUGGGUUUAUUCGACCCGAAGAGUUCGGGUACUUGAAGCUACUCCAGAGUUUGAGGAGUGGAGAUUGCUCCUGAUGUACUGUUUUUUAACUUUUCUUUGGAGAAGGGGGAGGAGAAUCAAUUAUCUAUUUACGCAGGCAACAAGCCUGGUGAGUUUUCUUGCGGGAGUAAAUCUUAAGUACUUCCACGGAAGUUUCCUAUCCCUUUGGUGCUUGAAAGUUUUGAGGUGAAGCUGGUAUUUGAGCGAUCUUUCAAUAGCCAAAUCGGAGUAAUCCUGCAUUUGUAAAUCUGAUGCAAGUUUUGUUUGAAAUAUUGGAAAUAACGUUGUACCUCGAACAGAUUGUUGCAUGACCCGAGGUAUUUCUACGAGACUUAAAUUGGGACA